CACACACAAACACACCGCGAGGAAGAAGCGUCCAGCUCGCAGUAACAAACAUUUUAGCAUUCGGUUGUCUGUUUUAGUUCACAUUUUAGGGAAUUAAAGAGAACCAUGUCGGAAAGAAAAGUUUUGAAUAAAUACUAUCCUCCGGAUUUUGAUCCGUCUAAAAUCCCGAAACUCAAACUGCCCAAAGACCGUCAGUAUGUGGUCAGAUUGAUGGCACCAUUCAAUAUGAGGUGUAAAACAUGUGGAGAAUACAUUUACAAAGGGAAGAAGUUCAACGCUCGUAAGGAGACCGUUCAGAACGAACUGUACAUGGGGCUUCCCAUUUUUAGAUUCUACAUUAAAUGCACCAGAUGUUUGGCUGAGAUCACCUUCAAGACAGAUCCAGAGAACACAGACUAUGCCAUGGAACAUGGUGCAACACGUAAUUUUCAGGCUGAGAAACUGCUAGAAGAGGAGGAGAAAAAGAUCCAGCAGGAGCGAGAGGAAGAGGAACUCAAUAACCCCAUGAAGGUCCUGGAGAACCGCACACGGGACUCAAAGAUGGAGAUGGAGGUGCUGGAGAACCUGCAGGAGCUGAAGGACCUGAACCAGAGGCAGGCACGGGUGGACUUCGAGGGCAUGCUGGAUAAGUAUAAAGAAAUGGAGCAGAGACAGAGAGAAAGAGAGCUGGAAGAAGACGAACGAGAGACCAAAGAGAUGUUAGACAGAGCUCUGAUUAAACGACUGAGGGACUCGGACUCUGAGGAAGAGACGGAAAAUGCAAACGAAGGCAGGAAACACACGGCUGAUAAACCCACAGACAUCCUCACUACAGACGGGAACGCAGGAUCACAGAUAAGUGCAGCUUUGAGCUCGUCGUCUGCGGUUGUGAAGAAGCAGAAGCUGGAGAGCUGGGAGAGGAGUGUCGGGGGUCUGGGCGGGAAGGGAGCGCUGGGGUCUCUGGUGGUGAGGAAGAAACCACAGGCUGCUGACACACAAAAAGGGGCCGGAGCCAAACCCGCGUCCUCCACAGCCUCAGCGAGCGCUUCCAACGGCCAGCCGGUGUCGUCUCAGAGCGGUUCAUCUCUCAGCCUCUUGGGGGCGUACACAGACAGCGAUGACUCAAACUCUGACUAACACUGUGUGCUGUUUUUAAAUGUUUAUUUUCAGACCAGCAAAAACGAAUGACCACCUCAAUUUUCACAGACCAUUAUAAUUGUCCAUUACGUGGGCUCUUUAAAUGUAUAAUUGAGAGAUUUUAUUAUUUUUCAGUGAUCUUUUUAGCUAGCGGAGCACUGUCUGUCUAUAAGAAGCUAUUUCCAUUGCCUGGAAUUUAUUUGCUAUUAGAUAUGCGACAUCCCAGGGUCUGUAAUGUACUCUGUACUCUAUAAUGGGUUUCUAAUCUAUUAUGAACUGUAAUGUAGUAUUCAUUUCUCCAUGUUAGUUCAGUCAAUACGAGGAAAUGCAUUUGAGGGUUAAAGUGGAGAUAAGUGAAAAUAAAUCUAAUUUAGACUGAUCAUCUCCAAUAGACUUCCUUCUUCCCAAAUAUCAAACUAAUAAAAUGUUCCUGUGUUUCGUUUCCA